ACGUUCCCGGUUACAUAAAGACACCACGUGUUUCACCAGUGGAGGGAGGCGUUACCUGAGCGCAGAGGGGAACCAGAGACUUUUCCUCCGCACAUCCUGACACUUGCUGUUCCGCCUCCUUCUUCAGUGAUUUAGCAGCCGGGCUACUGAACGUUAGCUUCCCUGUCACAUCUACAACAACCUGCUGGACAAUCCGAGACUUCUGUAAACGCAGAAGCUCUGAAGCGGAACAUCCAGUGCCCUCCAGACCAGAAGACAAGGCAUAACGAGUACAGUGCUGCUGCUGCUGCUGCUGCUCCUGCUGCGGACGACAGUUGAGUCCUGAUCACAGAAGAGAGGGAGGCUGAAGAGGAAUCAUGUCCACCGACCAGGACCCAACGUUCACAGUCAAGCUGCUGCAGCUGCUGCUGCUCUCCACCUACUGGGGAAUGCAGAUUUGGGUCACCUUUAUUUCAAGCUUUGUGAUGGACAGCAACCUGAGCAGACACACGUACGGUUUUAUUCAGAGUCGUCUUGUCCCGUUCUACCUUCACCUGGGUUCAGCUUGUGCCUUCUUCAACCUCACCAUCUACGCUGUGUAUCACCCCAGCGACAUGCUGGACGACAGAGAAUCCUUUCAGAUCUUCAUCUUCUUUGUGUCUGUGACGGUUGCGGCGGUCAACGCCCAGUGGUUUGGGCAAAUGACAUCGGAGAUCAUGGCAGACAUGCACCUCAUUGAGCAGGCGUGCGGACUGGGGCAGGACAUCGGCCUGUCGUCUAACCGCGAAGCUUACGCCAAGCUGUGUGAGACGGAUGUUAAAUACAGACACCUCAGCAGUCGCCUGUGGCUGUACAGACUGCUGUCCUCCCUCUGUAAUCUCUGCUGCAUCGGCUGCAACUUCUACAGUCUCUGGUACUUAGCAGAGAACCUCGUCACUCUGUAAAACUCACACUGAGCAGCUGGACUGUAACAUCGCUGAGAAGUUGUCCGUUUCUUACCAACCUAGAAACCUUUUGUAUCUAAGUUAUAUAUCUAACAUGCGUGGUCUGUGUCUCCACAUCUGCAUUAAAGGUUCAGUGUGUAGAAUUUAGUGACAAUUAGUGGUGAAGUUGCAUGUUGCAGCUGAAAACCAUCACCUCACCCUCUCCUUCCAAACUUGACAGAGAACCUGUGGUAGCCAUCAGUUGUCAUAGAAACUAAAAAGAUGUUUAGUUUAGUUUGUUAAAGCUAUUGUAAAAAACUUGGCGGCUUCCACAGAGAGGACCUGCUCCUGAUGUAAAUAUAAAGUAUUUAAAUAUAAAGAGCACAAUCUAGGUUAAAGAAAACAACAAUGUGUGCAGUUUGGAUAAAACACACUAGGAUCAAUUUCUGCCAAUAGAUCCCUUUCACCUAAAUCUUACACACUGAACCUUUGAUUAGAAAAUAAAUUGAAAAAAUCAGCUAGGUCCUGAUGUUCUUUUAUCUUGAAGAAUAAUGAAAGGAUUUAGUUUCAUGCAGAGAUUUUAUUCCCACUUCUUCAGUUUUGACAGUUAUCGUCAGUGAAGCUGAAUUUCUAUCUGAAAUGUUGUACGGAGACAAAUCACUUCCUGCAAUAAGCCUAAUGACUUACCUUUCACCUAGUGUUGCUGAGGCUGGUGGCUGCCUCAUGCUGGUGCCUGAUUUAUUUUCACUGUAACUUUACCAUGAUAAUAUGGUAAUGGAAUCUAAAAGGGAAUGUUUUUCAAAUCCCAGAGAGAAAGCAGGCAGAAAAUGUCUCAAUGCACUAAACAUACAGUGAAUAGCUUUUUAAUUUAAGCAACAGAAAGGCAUGUUUGAGAAAUCAGACUACUGCUGUGCUGCUCAGUCCUGCUCUCCCUGUUUGGGUGGAGUUUUUACACCUUGCUCACAGUGUCGUGUCACAGGUUAAUCUGGCUCACCUGAAUUCACCUGUGGGGCUGUAUUUCCUCAUUUCUGUUCAGAGUAAAAUCCUUUAUCUUUCCUGGCUGCUGCUGCUGAUAUAAAAAUACGAUCAAACACUUAAAGUAAAUGGCAAAUCAUAACCUCUGCAAUCCAUACAAAUCCCACUGGCUCCAUUGAUUUGAUUGUUGUAUUAGAAAAAUAAUUUAUUGGUGUCAUCAUGAUCCAACACUAUAUAUUAUGCAUUUAUCGUGAGAGGCUGAGCUCCAGCAGCACACAACCGCUCCUGUGGCUGUAUCUGUGCUGCCGGUGCUCUUUAUAUCUCCUGAUAUAUUUUAACAUUAGCAGAGAAAACAUCAUGGAGACACACUUGUAUAAGCCCAGUGCUUCUAUCAGAUAUGACUUAUGGAAAUACACACAGGACUUCAAGGAUGACUUCAUGGUCAUAAACCAUCGCUAGAGCAACAGCAAAAGCUUCAUAUCUACAGCCUGUCACAAUCUCGGCCACAG